GCGGUCCCGGCCGGCCCACUCCGCGCCGAGAUAACACGGGCUAAUCUGUAACCAGCUCCCACGGAACCGCCCGCAUUCCUCGGGUGGCCCUGAUGUCUCGGCUCCACCUGCAGCCCUCUCUCCUUACCGUCCCACUGCAUCCACGCACUGCCUCCUCCUCCUCCUCUUCCUCUUCCUCCUCCUCGCUUGCCGAUCACCAGAGACAUCCACGAUGAGCGCGAGAAAGGACGGCGGCCCGAUGGAGCUCGGCGAAAGCAUCAGGAACCCGGGCUUUAAGGAGGCGGGCGACGGCGGCUCCGCGUCCAGCGUCUCCGGCUCGGAGAGGCGCCGCUCCUCGGCGGUGAAGCUGGACGCGGACGCGCAGGAGUACACGCAGGUCAAGCCGUACGCCGGGAUGCCCAAGGAGGUGCUGCUGCUGCACUCCUCCAAGGCUCGGUACCGGGUGCCCAGGGAGAUCCUGUUCUGGCUGAUAGUGUGCUGCACCCUGGCGCUGGUGGCGGUCACCAUCACCAUCAUCGCCAUGUCCCCGCCGUGCCUGCGCUGGUGGCAGAUCAGCCCCGUCUACCAGGUGUAUCCGCGCUCCUUCAGGGACUCCGACGGCGACGGAGUGGGAGACCUGAAAGGAAUCAAGGAGAAGCUGGAUCACUUCCUGGACCUGAACAUCAAGGCGGUGUGGAUCAGCCCCUUCUACCGCUCUCCGAUGAAAGACUUCGGCUACGACGUGGAGGAUUUCAGGGACAUCGACCCGCUCUUUGGAAACAUGAAGGACUUUGAGGAACUCUUGGCUGAAAUGCACAACAAGGGUUUGAGGCUGAUUAUGGACUUCAUUCCCAAUCACACCAGUGACCGCCACCGCUGGUUCAACCUGAGUCGGACUAGAGAUCCUCACUACGAGGAUUAUUACGUCUGGACGGACUGCGAUCCAGCUUCACCGAAGCCUAAUAACUGGGUCAGUAUCUUCGGGAACUCAUCGUGGACUUAUGAUGAAGUCAGAGGCCAGUGCUACCUGCACCAGUUCCUCAAAGAGCAGCCGGACCUGAACCUAAGGAACCCGGAUGUCGUUCAAGAGAUCAAAGAUCUUAUUAUUUUCUGGCUGGAGAAGGGGGUGGACGGGUUCCGGAUGGAUGCAGUGAAGCACAUGCUGGAGGCAGCCCAUCUGAGAGACGAGCCACAGGUGGAUCCAGACUUGCCACCGGAAUUAGUAACUACAGAAUGGGACCUGUACCACGACUACACCACCAGUCAGGUGGGCUUGCACGACAUGCUGAGGGAGUUCAGGGCCGAGAUGGACACCUACAGCCGAGAGCCUGGCAGAUACAGGUUCAUGGUGACCGAAUCCUACGAUUAUGAGGAGGUGGAGAAGACCAUGAUGUACUAUGGGACUCCACUGGUAAAAGAAAGCGACUUCCCCUUUAACUUUUACCUGCUGGACCUGCCUCACAACACCAGCGGCUGGUGGGCUAAACAUCUGGUCGACCUCUGGAUGUCCAACAUGCCAAGAGGACAAUGGCCCAACUGGGUGGUGGGCAACCACGACAGGUCUAGAAUCGGUUCCAGCGCUGGUCGGAUCUACGUCCGUGCCAUCAACCUGAUGCUGCUGACCCUCCCCGGCACACCCACAACCUACUAUGGCGAGGAGAUCGGCAUGGAGAACAUUAAUAUCACACAAAGUGAAGUACAGGACCCCGCUGGGAAAUACAACGUGAGUCUCAGUCGGGACCCUGAGCGGUCUCCGAUGCAGUGGAACGACGAGAUGAACGCAGGCUUCAACAGCAUCACCAACAUCACCUGGUUACCUGUGCAUCCUGAUUAUGAAAAGGUCAACGUGGAGGCCCAGAUGCAAGAUGAAGGCUCCGUGCUCUCUCAGUACCGCUUCCUGAACGCCCUGCGGCAGUCGGAGCUCCCGUUUCUGCGUGGAUGGUUCUGUUACGUCCUCGCUGAUACCGACGUCUUCUCUUACCUGAGGGAGCUCGAUGGACACAAAGAAGCUUACCUAGUGGUGAUUAACUUUGGCAAAGCAUCUACCAUCACAGAUCUCUCGGCCAUCCAGGAGCUGCCCGAGCAGCUCAGCGUGCUGAUGAGCACGAACCCAGCCAACGACGGGAAGGUGUUUCAGAAAUCCCGCGUCCAGACGGAACCGGGAGAAGGUCUGGUCAUUCGCUACUCGACCUAUACUCGGUUUCAUCCCAACCACCCUGCAGAAUGCUAUGUCUCUGAGAAGGCCUGCUAUUUGGAGACCAUUGGCAUUCUUUAUAAAUGCUGAAGCAAACAGCAGCCUGUGUGUUCUCCUAAAUUAAUUUACAGAGAUUGUCCUUUGGUGUUUCAGUCCAGAGGGGAUAAUGCAACACAAUAAAGCCACGAUUUUACAUGAA